AAAUAGCUCCUAAUUCCUGUAUAAAAUCCUCUCCACCAUCUCCAUUAUCCCUCAGGCCAGCAUCAAGAGCAUUUGUAUAUUUCUUCAUCUACAAAUCGAGUUUCGGUGAAAAUUAUUCUCACUUUUUUCUCACAAUUUUCACCGAAAGAUCAUGGACAUGAAGAAGAUCGCCUGUGCCGUCCUCAUCUCUGCUGCCUCCAUGAGCGCAGUCUUUGCUGAGGUUUCAUCUCCUGCUCCCGCACCCACCAGCGAUGCCACCUUGGCCUUGCCUGUUGUUGGUUCUUUGGUUGGAGCCUCAGUUUUGUCAUUCUUUGCCAUGUACUUGAAUUAAGCUAUCAAAAAAGGGAAAAGCAAUAAAGGAAAAAAAAAAUGGAUCAAAAAGAGAAAAUCAAGAUCAAGACAAAUGGUAGUCGAUUAUUUUAGGAAAAUGAUUUACAAAUAUAAGUUUCGUAUAGAAAGUUUUACUAGAAUGAUGUGGCACUGACAAUUACAAGCCACGAUGAUUAUGUUUGUAUUUCUUCGUAACUCAUUGCAAUAAAAGAAGAUUAUUUCUUCUAUUCCUUUCUUUA